AUGGAGAUCGGCGACGAAGUCCGCUUCGAAGGAAGUGAUCUCACGGGCGUCCUGCGCUACCUCGGCCCGGUCGAGGGACGCGACGGACACUUUGCCGGCCUCGAGCUGAUCGGCGCGUCGGUCGGCCAAGGAAAGAACGACGGAACGAUCCAGGGUGUGCAAUACUUUGCGACGACGCCAAACAACGGCAUGUUUGGCCCGUCGGCCAAGCUCGUGCACCUCUCGACCACACGGCCCUCGAGCGCGACGGCCCGGCCGCUGUCGUCGCUCUCGGGCCGCGCAUCGCGCUCCGAGGAGCGGCCACCAUCGCGCGCGCGGCAGUCCAACGUCCCGCUGCCGAGCGCGACGCCGCAGCGCAGGACGCCGGCACGCGGCAUGCUGUCGCCCGGCGUCCGCACGCCUCACACCUUUGCGCGCCCGAGCGGCCUGAGUGCGACGCCGCAGGCGACGCGCACCACGUCCAUGCCGCGCUCGGUCCGCCGCCCGACGUCCGCGGCAGGGCACGCACGCCCGACGAGCGUUUUGCGCACGCCGCGGCGCGAGCCGAGUGGAUUCUCGUUCGACGCCCCGGCGCCGGCGUCCGUAGACGAUCCCAGCCGGCGCCUGGGGCUCCUGGAGCAGAUGGACCUCGAAAACCGCAGCGCAACAGCGCUCGGUAGCGCGGACGACACCGUGCCGAUGGUCGUCCACGAGCAGGUCGCCGAGGAGCUCAAGAACGCCCAGGCGCGUCUCCAGACGCUCAAGGUCUCGUCGGAAGACACCGAGGCACUGCGCGAGCAGACCGAGACGCUCCGCACGGAGCUCGCGGCGGUGCGCGCCGAGAUGGACAAGAUGCGCACCGAGUCCGAGGGCGACGCCAAGCUCAAGCCCAUGGUCACGGCGUGGGACCGCGAGCGCGCCGAGCUCAGCAGCCGCAUCGAGGAGCUGCAGGGCGCCGGGCGCGAAGCGAUCGCCGUGUUUGAGCACCAGCUCGACCUCGCCGCCACCGAGCAGCAGGGGCUGCGCACGCAUAUCCAGGAGCUCGAGACGCAGCUCGCCAAGGAUCCGCGCGACGCGAGCGUCUCGGCGACGGACAUUGACCUCGCGAAUUUGCGCGAGCAGAACGCACACCUCACCGACAAGGUCGCGGCCCUCGAAGAGGAGCUCGCCGAGGCCAAGGACAAGCUCGACGCGGCGAACGAUGCGGCAAAGAAGGCGUCCACCGCCCACGACGCGGCCGCCGGCAGCCUCCGGGAAAAGAUCCGCGCAGCCGAGCAAGAGAGCGGCGAGCACGCAGACGCCGCGCGCCGCGCCGAGGCCGAGGUCAAGAAACUCGAGGCGGCGCUCCAAGCAGAAAAGGCCGCGCACGAGCGCGAGCGGCAGGAGAUCGAGUCGAUGCGCGCUGCACCGCACGACGAGCAGCUCCAGGCGCAGCUCAAGAAGCUCGAGGCAUCCAAGAAAGAGCUGGAAGACGUGCACGCAAAAGAGAUCGCCGAGCUCGAGUCGCUGGUCGAGUCGCGCAUCUUCCGCGAAGACGAGCUGGAGACGGAGAUGGAGCAGCUGCGAAAAGAGCGCGACGAGGCGCUGGCCAAGUUGAAGGAAUAG